GCUGCCUCUGCCAGGAUGAAGCUCCUCUCGCUGCUCCUCUUCUUCCUAGGACUGGCCCUUGCCAGCUGCAACCUGGCCCAGUUUGCAGCGAUGAUUAAGCAGAAGACGGGGAAAUCGGCGCUGGCUUACAACGGGUACGGCUGCUACUGCGGCUUGGGUGGCUCCAAGCAGCCCCUGGAUGCCACUGACAGGUGCUGCCACGCCCACGAUUGCUGCUACAAGAAACUGGUGGCCGCCGGCUGCAAACCCAAGACGACCACCUACAAAUACAGCUUCCAAAAAAACCAAAUCACCUGCGGAAACGGGAAGUCGUGCCAGAAGCGGACGUGUGAGUGCGACAAGAGGGCUGCGGAGUGCUUCCAGAGGGCAGCCAGCUCCUACCGCAAAUCCUACAGCAACUACCCCAACUCCAAGUGCAGGGGCAGGACACCCUCCUGCUGAGCAUUCCUGCUCCAAACCUGCCAGGAACCAUCACAGCUGGUGGGUUCUGCCAUUCCCCAGCUCCAAACCUGCCAGGAACCAUCAGAACUGGUGGGUUCUGCCAUGCCCCUGCUC